AUGGUUGACAAACCAGUCAGCAAUAAGAGAAACGGGCAGAGUGCUCUGCGUGUAGUAAUUAAUGGCGAUCAAUUCGAUGCACUUGACCUUGAUGUCCUCUUUGAAAGUGACGGUCAAAUUAGCGUUGGAGUUGAGGAACUGAGAACUCGUGGUGUAGUCCAGGUAUCUGAACUUGAACUCGUGGUACGUUGGGGUGAACAUGAUCAUGUGACGACUAUGGCGGCGGAUCACGAGCCGUUUUUUCGACUCGUCCAGCUCGAGCAGUCGCGCGUUCACGCAGUAGCUGAUACUGAAGUUCUCGUUGCUGUAAUCCCGGUGCGCAAAGCUGUCUCUGAGGAACUUUGUGUCCUGAAUUUGGGAGUGGAUUUUGUGCCGCAAGUGGAGGUCCCCCACGCUAGGAGGCAGUGGGAACCCUUUCUUGGAGUACUCUGGGAUCUGGAACUUGAACCGCACCACGUACGAGCUGUUGGGCCGCAGAAUGCGGUCGAGGGGCAGGCCAGAGUCCGGGUCCUCGCACAAACAGCUUGCUUCGAAAUCCACCAUGUCCAAGAAGUUGUUGAUGAUCAUCUUGAAGUUGGUCUUGAUGGCCCAGAAGUACCCUUCGAAGCUGACAAAGAUGUUUUCAAAAGGGAUCGGAUUCGGGGUGAUGUUGUGCACCCGAACGGCUCCCUUGACGAUGUCGCCGCUGGUGUACGGCGAGUAAUGGACGUUGGAGUGGUCGUCCAGCUGGAUGUCAAUGAAAACAGCAUCCUGGGUCAUGUACUGGUGCUUGUCAAUGGUGUUCCAGAUGGAAUUCUGGGCAUCCGAAGCCAAUGA